CUGCGCGCGGAGCGGGCCGGCAGCCCGCGGCGACCCCGCGCACACCGCCCUCUUCCCGUCGGCGGCGGCCGCGUCCCCACGGCCGCACCCCGGCCGCCCUCCCUCGCCAGUGCGGAGCCGCGGGUGGGGGGGGCGAUGGAGAUGAAGAAGCGCAUCAACCUGGAGUUGCGGAACCAGGCCCCCGAGGAGGUGACAGAGUUGGUGCUCGAUAACUGCAAGUCCAGCAAUGGGGAGAUUGAAGGUCUGAACGAUUCCUUUAAGGAACUAGAGUUUCUUAGCAUGGCCAAUGUGCAGCUGACGUCGCUGGCCAAGCUGCCCACGUUGAGUAAGCUCCGAAAGUUGGAGUUGAGUGACAACAUCAUUUCCGGAGGCCUGGAGGUCCUUGCAGAAAGAUGUCCAAAUCUCACAUAUCUAAAUCUAAGUGGCAACAAAAUCAAAGAUCUUGGCACUGUGGAAGCUCUUCAAAAUCUUAAAAACUUAAAGAGCCUUGACCUGUUCAACUGUGAGAUUACAAACCUCGAGGAUUACAGGGACAGCAUUUUUGAUCUGCUUCAGCAAAUCACAUACUUGGAUGGAUUUGACCAGGAAGAUAACGAGGCACCAGACUCAGAAGAUGAUGAUGAUGAGGGAGACGAAGAUGACAAUGAUGAAGAUGAGGAUGAAGCCGGUCCCCCGGGAGAAUAUGAAGAAGAAGAUGAUGAAGAUGAUGGAGGCUCAGAUCUUGGGGAAGGUGAAGAGGAGGAGGAAGUUGGUCUUUCAUACCUGAUGAAAGAAGAGAUUCAGGAUGAAGAUGAUGAUGAUGACUAUGUUGAAGAGGGAGGUGACGAGGAGGAAGAAGCAGAGGGUGUUCGAGGGGAGAAGAGGAAACGAGAUCCUGAAGACGAAGGCGAGGAAGAGGAUGAUUAAUUUGUUAUAGACGACGUAGGACCAGAUUCUUAAGUUUCAGAACACGCAAUAGUGAUUAUGCAGAUCUGUAUGUCUCCAUGUACCAUAGAUGUCCCUACAGAAAAUGUUAACUUUUUAUAGGAGAAGUGUGGUUUUACUAUUCUUGCCCUUUUUAUCAUUCCAAAUAAGAUAUAAUAGCCUGUUAGUGAACCUAUAUGUAGAAAAAAGAUUUUCAACAAUAUAUUCACUGAAGCCAUUGUCUAGUUUUUCCCUUAGAGUUUUAUUAGGAGCUCUUUAAUUUUAUACAAGCUUGCUGUGUUGGUCAUCAUUUCUCCAGAGUUAAAACACCUAUCUUACAUGGAUUUAAUAUCAUAAAUUUCCUUCAAGAUUUUCAGGUUUUUAUACUUAAAAAGUUGAACUCAGAAAUGCUACGUGGCAAAUUUGAGUCUGUUUCAAAUGAGGAGUUGACAGCAGUCUUGAGUUUACCAGGGAUUCUGUUUGAAUUCAACAGCUAGGUUGUGCUUUGCUUCAGCUUUUGUAAAGGUGACUCCUGUAACUUUUUAAAGUCUUCUACCCUGAUUUGCACGCUAACAUUGCAAAGCAUAAAUGGGUUUCAGGAGAUUAUUUUUUUUUUCCUGCUUGUUUAGAAGUUGGGUGUUUGCUGAAGAUACAUUCCCAAAGAUAUCGUGGCAAACUGAGAGGGCUGUAAUUCUCAAACUUCUCUCCAAAACACAGAGUCAUUGUAGGUAUGAACAGAAGUAACUAAUCUCUAGUUCCAAACUGGUUUACAAAGUGUUUGAACUUUCACUCAUCUAGCUGUUGCAUUGUCGCUUCGGGAAUUCGGCAGUCGUUGUGCUUGGCUAUCAGAUGUAUGCAUUUCUAAUGCAGAAGUUGACGGGUAACUCCUUCAAGCACACUUUCCAGAUUACCCCGCGUGCUUUUAUAAAAUCAUCAAAGAGGGAAAGAUGCACAUAAGGGAGUCUUUCCUUACAGGUCGCCUCUUAAAUUUUUUUAAGUCUGGUUGUAGGCAAAAUGUUCAGGUCAUGUGUAGCACUAGCUGAUCGUUCCGGGCUUUUACACUGAAUGUCUGCAGAGCCUUGUUCAUUGCUUAUGGUUGGCGGCAGUACAGGAGGCGUGCAGACUCUUCUAGCAGCCUGGUUGUGACCAAGAGGCCGUAAUAAUUCUGCCCAGUGGAUUCAUGUGUUCCAUUUGAGCCACAGCAAAGCAAGCUCAGACAUACAGCAUUCGUUUUCCAGUCAUUAUUUGGAUUUAAAGCGGUAGUCUUGAUAUAAAACUAAUUUACAUUGUUUCAUGUAGGUACUGAACCAAAUAUCACACACAGCUUUAUUCAAGAGACUUAUUUUUGUAUGUCUUGGUUGAUGGUAGCUGUCAUUAAGAGGGGGGAGACAACGAGGGUGGGGAGGAGGGAGAUUUCCUGGACCUAAGUAAAAGUCAGUCACCCAUAGACUGGUUGUUUGUGAAUAUUUAAUAGGGUAUUUCACACACUAGCAGACUUUUUAAAUGUGACUUCCUGCUCUUAAGUUUAGAUACUGCAGGGUUGAAGUUGUUCUGCAAAGCCCAAUUUCUUGUGUGUUGUUUUUUUUUCCCCAAAUAGAGCCUUAAAUUACAGUUUCUCAUGUAGCCGUGAAGCAUAGCCAGCCAUUGACGGUGUCUGUAUGAAAUGAGUCAGGCAGAUGGCAAUAGACUGGAAAUAAACUGACUAAAAUUUUGGCAAUUUUUCAUGGAUAUCUGUAAAGACACUAGAAAAGUAGUGGUAAAACUACGUUUGCAGCCACAAUCUUAAGUUCCUGUGUUUGUGUAUGAAUACUGAAUGAAUAGAAAUCUUAGGUAAGUGCACAUCCUAUCUUGUCGUGGAGGCUCUGUGUUCGAGGCAGUUGUUUUGUGAUCAGCUUUGAGAUAGAAAAGUGUUUUUCCACCUUGUUGUUUUUUUUUUUUUUAAUCUCAGUGGAUGACUGAAAAUUGCUAUUUGUAAGCGUGCACUUUUAAAGUACUUCAUUAUCAGGGUUUUCCUUAACUGUCUCUUACUGAUGCAUAUAAAAUUAGUUUUAAAUGGGAACGUUUACUAUUCUGAAUUAAAAUUAUUUCAGUACCAGUCACAUUUCAGUAAGUCAGUCUAAUUUUAACACUGAGUUAAUGUGACAAAGCAAAAUGAGCUUAGGUGGGGUAAGCAGACUUUCCCUUGAUAUGCAGACUGAACACUUCCUAAAUCAAAUUGCAGUGCAGUGUAUCAGCUGCUGUGUCUACAAAAUCUGAGCCUCAUGCUGAUGUGGAACAUAUUACUUUAGAAUUGUUUCAAAGCAGCAUUUAGCUGAAUUAUGAACUUGGUAAUUAAUUAUGAGCUAGGUGAGGGGGUGCAGAGUGACCAAAGGCAAAACAGACUGGACAGGGAGGGAUGGGGGGUGAGCCAAGGAAUGCGGCCUUACCUCUCACCACUCCAGGCUCUUGUGCUCACCUACUGGUUCACACUGUGCCACUGCAGCAAGAAAUAGAACCUGCAAGUCACCAUAACUCAGCAACUGGGGUGGAGAAUAUUGUAACAACUUCUUGAAACUGUAAUAUCCCCUCCUAUUUAAUUGGAAUAUCGGAAUAAUCUGCGCCUGGUUUCUUAGAAUUGGCUGUAAUAUCCCCUCUUGUUCUUGCAUGUGUCUCUACAAAUAUCCUAAGCUGCCCCUUCAUGGUGUGCAGGCGAGGAGAGGCCGCUCCCUCUGCACCCAGCGUUGCGCAGCGCUGAUUGAGGUGCGCCUGCUUUGUGACCUCCUGGUGUUACGGACUUUGAUUUUCCGCAGGUCAACUCGAACCUUAGUUCCUGAGUAAUUCUGUCUUUUCCUCAGCAUUACCAUCUAAGCAUCAUUUCAUAUUUGUCAGCUUGGCAUGCAAUUAAACAGCAUAGCAUUUUUUUAAAAAUAAAUAAUACAGAGCCUCCAGAUAACUUUUGAAACUUUUUUGCUUGGUGGGUGGACUUUUCAUGCAAAUAUGUAAGGGUGGGUUUUAUAUUUUGUAGAGGUUUUGUCCUACUUCAAUGCUCUUUGUAUGGCAGUAUGUAUAUAGUGUGUUUUGGUUCCUUAUCAGACUCUUUCCUUAAACUUUGGAGUAACUGAUUUUGUGCAACUGUGUUUUGAAUAAAGCCAUGACAGUGUUAAAUUAAGCAACCCUGCAGCACUCUUCUGAUAAUUUUUAGUUGUAACAAGACAUGUUUCCUCCCUACGUGUGCUGUAAAUUUUAAAUUAAAGAGUUUUCAAACUGAAUUAUUUCAAAUAAA